UUAAAUAGAGGCGUCCAGUUGAGCGCAGCAAUUAGAGCGUCUUUGAGGACACGGACACCGCGGUCAAAAAGUGACCACCGACUUUAACAUAGUAGAUAAUACUCCAGCCGAUCUUUCAAGACAUUUGAUUUUGUUGGACUCACCCGCUGCGCUUUUACCUGGAUAGAAUGGCCAACUCUGGACUGCAGAUCUGCGGUUUUCUCCUCUCUUUAGUCGGAGUCUCUGCCACUAUUGCCGCCACUUUCAUGGUCGAGUGGGGAAAGGACUCUCAAGCCAAGCACAGUGUCUAUGAGGGUUUGUGGAUGAGCUGCAGCGGCACCUCCGAGAGAAGCACUUGCGAAAAUUAUAAAUAUCUGUUAAAACUGCCAAUUGAGGUCCAGGCAACUAGAGCAGUGAUGCUGGUCAGCCUCUUCUUCUCUGCCAUGGCGCUGAUUGCCUCCACAGUAGGAAUGAAGUGCACCCGCUUCAUGGAGGCCAUGCCCCAAAGCAAAGGGAAUGCAACCGCCGUUGGAGGGAUGCUCUUCAUCAUCUCGGGUGUUUUAACCCUCAUCAUCACCUCCUGGUACGUCAGUAGGAUCGUUGAGAUCCACAAUACAGCACAUCGUCUACAAAGCAGGGAAUUUGGUCAUGCAGUGUUCAUCAGCUGGGCGGGUGGAUUCUUCACUGCUCUCGGUGGAGUGAUCCUGAGCCUUCGGAGAUGUUGGGGGUCCAAAGGGUCAGCACAGUCCAUAAGCACCAAUCAGCUUCUCUCUACUACAAACCUCAAGUCCAAUUAUGUCUAGCAGGAGCUCGGACCUCCACAUCCCUCCGUGGGAUGACUAUGCACAGUGGCAUUCUCUCCCAUUUUCAAAUGUAUAAAUGUGAAAAAUGCAAUAUUAAGUGGUUUUAUAUAAGUUGAUUUCUACAUGGUAAGCUUUUCUAAAAUCAUAUGGAUUUCUGCUGCUGUAACCUUGCUGUUUUCUAAAGUUUGCUACCCCUACUAUGUUCAGACUCAUACUGGUGUCAUUAAACUGUAAAUGUGUGUUAA